AUGAGACCCGUUAUAGCGGUUCCAGCUACUGCUGCGCUCGUAUACAGAGCGUACUCGCGAAAGUCACUGACCCCAAUCGGACUUCUUGCAGCGUUCGUGACAGCAGUUGUACACGCGUUACAUCCGUGGAGUGUAUUCUUUGCUCUUCUUGCAGUCUUCUUCUUGGCUGGCAGUACCGCAACGAAGGUCAAGCAUGAUAUCAAAGUGAAAUUGACACAGUCAGCGACAGGUGCAUCUGGUGGAGAAGGCACUCGCAACCAUGUUCAAGUUAUUGCGAACUCCGGCGUAGCCUCGGUGCUAAUAUUACUACACCUCUGGCAGCUAAGGAAAGAAGGGAGAUAUGGUGACCAGGGUCUAUGUUGGCAUAGAGGCAGCGACGCGCUGGUGAUAGGUAUCGUAGCUAACUACGCCGCAGUCGCCGCAGACACUUUUUCCUCUGAACUCGGUAUCCUAUCAAAAUCGAAGCCACGUCUUAUAACAGCUCCGUGGCGCAUCGUCCCCCCUGGUACAAAUGGAGGGGUGACAGCGACUGGACUUGGUGCUGGGCUGCUCGGAGCUUUCAUACUCUCAGCCACAUCUACACUCCUUGUGCCCUUCUGCAAAGACUGGAGCUUCUCGCAGAAGACUGCAUAUACACUUGCUUUGACAGCUGCCGGUUUUGGUGGAACACUUCUCGACUCGCUCCUCGGUGCUCUUGUCCAAGCUAGCGUCAUCGACGUGCAUUCAGGCAAGGUUGUAGAAGGCGAGGGAGGCAGACGAGUUCUUGUACGCAGCAGUAACCCGCUCCACCUCUCGAAAGUAGGUCAGAUACAAAGUAAAGUCAGCAGUCGUUCCGAAGGCUUGAAUGGCACUGCGAAGACAAGCGGCGUGGACACUGCAGCGUCGGUCAAGGCAUCGGGGACAAUGCUGAGGGCUGGAGCGAGCGGCAUUGCAGUCGUGGACCCGCAGCAUGAGAGUCGGAAAAUCGAGGUUGGGAGCGAUCUGCUAGACAAUAAUGCUGUCAACAUCCUCAUGGCGGCUAUGGUCAGUGUAGGAGCUAUGAUAGCUGCUUGCGUAAUCUGGGACCUGCCCCUGGGCAGCAUGGUCGGCAUGUAG